AUGUUUCUUGGAGUAAAUCAUCACAAGCAAACCAUUAUCUUUGGAGCUGCACUAUUAUACGAUGAAACUACUCAAAAUUUUAUUUGGUUAUUUGACACAUUUGUUAAGGUAAUGCCAGGAAAAAAGCCAAAGACUAUUCUCAUAGACCAAGAUGCAGCAAUGGAAAAAGCUUUAUCUUCUCAAUGGCCAGAAAUAACUCAUCGCCUAUGUAUUUGGCAUAUAUACCAAAACGCUGCAAAACAUCUUAGUGGAGUUUUUGAACAUUUUCGAGAAUUUACUAAGAAUUUUAGUAGUUGUAUCUAUGACUAUGAAGAAAAGGAUGAAUUCUUUGAAGCUUGGAAUAAUAUGCUUGAGAAAUAUGAUCUUAUCAGUAACAAAUGGUUGCAAGAUAUGUUUGAUUUAAAGGAAAAAAGGGCAUUAGUAAAUGGAAGAGAGACAUUUUGUGCAGAUAUGACAACCACUCAACGAAGUGAAAGUAUGAAUAAUGUGAUUAAGAAUUAUGUUAGCUAUAAUUAUGACAUUCCGAGAUUUUUUCAGCAUUUUCAAAGGUUAGUUGAGGAUUGUCGACAUGGUGAAUUGAAAGUUGAUUUCAAAGCAACACAACGUGCAUUGUCACUAUCUUUGCCAAUAGAAAUAUUGAAGCAUGCAUCCAUUGUUUACACUCCAGCUGUAUUUAGAAUGUUUGAAAAAGAAUUGUGCAAAGCUUAUGAUUGUGCUAUGAACAUUCAAAAUGAGGUCGGAACAGUGACAGAGUAUAAAAUUACCCCUCAUGAAAAACAUUUAAAUCAUACUGUUAUAUAUGAUUCUUCCAAUGGAACAGUGACAUACAGUUGCAAGAAAAUUGAUUUUGCAGGAAUUUUGUGUGUGCAUAUUUUGAAAGUAUAUUCAUCUAGAAAUAUCAAAAGAAUUCCUUAUCAAUAUAUUUUGAAAAGGUGGACAAAGUAUUCUAAAAUAGGAAAUUCUACAACUGAGCAGGGUGAGAGUAUGUUUGUUGGGGAUACAAAAAAGAAAAGAAAAGGGAAGAUGCUAUAA